UCCGCUAGAACCUGUCGGAAACAAAGGCUCCCUGAGUGCGAAGAGCCAGGCGAGUGCCAGGACCUGGGCAGAGAGGGGCAAGGCAGUGGCUGCCUAUUGGCCCUGUGUGACGUAAGGGUCCAGCCCUGUGACGCUGGUUCUAGAAUGAGGGAGGGGGCCCUCAAGGCUGGGACUGCAGGGCUCUGCAGCCGCCCUGGCCAGGCUGCAGAUGUCACCAUGUCCUAUUAUGGGAUGGGGAAAGCUCCCUCGGGCUUCUUCUCACUCUUCCACCAAGGGGAACGCAGCAGCAGCAGCGGAGAGAGCACAGUGGCCCCCAGGAGCCAGUCAAGCCUUUGUCCCGAGAGGGCCAGGGAAGGGCCUGCUCCGGCCAGGAUCUCCUCCGUGACGGGCUUCUUGCGAAGGAAACUGCAAGCCAAGUGGGAAGCCCCGCUCCCUCCCAGAGCCACCCAGCUGCCCCUGGAGCCAGACCCAAGCCCACCUCGUGGGGGAGACCCAGCAGGCACUUCCAAUGGGCCGUGGGAGCCACGCCACUUCCUUGGCCUGUGUGCCAGGGCCCCCCCGCAGGGACUGCCCCCCCAGGAAUGCCACCUGCCGCCCAUGGAGCAGGCAGGGGACUGGUGGCUGUGCUUGCCCCCCGGCCAGCAGCCCAAGGACCGCAGCGCCAGCUCCGGCGGGGACUUUGCUCCGGCCCGGUGGGGCCUCUUGCCCAGAGGGGUAUUUGUGAUGCCAGCAACACUCAGCAAAGAGAGGGGGGCCCCGCCAGUCCUGCGACUACCCCCCAACGUCUGCAUCCUCACCCUGGCCAUGAUGAUCGCGGGCAUCCCCACUGUUCCUGUCCCUGGCGUCCGUGAGGAAGACAUGAUCCAGGCGGCGCAGUGCUUCAUGGCAGAGCAUCGGGAGCCAGAGGACGGGGCCCAGAGGAGGCCCUGGCCUGCCCUACAACGCUUGGGGGCCCCCAGCAAGAGGGAGAGACAGAGGAAAAGGGCAGCCCACCGGGGCCUCCUGCCACUCUUUCUAGCACAGCUAGAGAAGUAGAAAUGAGGGCCAGCAAGAGGCUCUUCAUUGUGUACUGAGAAACAUAAAGGGUUUCCAAAUGUGA